AUGGAUAAUCUAGCCCAGCCUGGCCCUAGUUCCACAGCCGAGAAACCGCGGAUAACAAGAGCAUGUGAUCUUUGCCGCCGCAGAAAGGUCAAGUGCCGUUGGGCGGCCCAUGAUGAUUCCACCUGCGUUAGCUGCUCGUCGAUGGGAGCUCGUUGUACAUGGGAUAUUAAGCCGCAAAAAAGAGGAAGGCCUAAUCGCCAUACUCCUGCUAGUCCAGUUACCGAUAGCCGUGACGCAAAUGGCUUGCCGCAGUCUCCCCACGAGACGACUGUAGAACGAGUCCUGCGUGACCGUGGUCCAUCGUCCGAAGAUUCACAAGUGGUUGACGCCCAAAGCGAGUUUCUCCUCUCGCUUCUAGGAACUCCCUCGUCCAUACAGCAAGCUCUUGAUGACUGGUUCGAGUUCUUUUACCCUAUUCAACCGCUAUUGCACAGAAGGUACUUUAUAUCACGAUUCCAAGGAGGAGAGAUGCAAGCAAACUCGGAAUUCCUGGCUUUGGUGAUUUCAAUGUGCGCUGCCACUGUUGCCACCCUGCCUCGGAAAGCUGCUGCCGGAUAUAGCACAAUCACAGUCUCGAAGAGCCUCCAUCUAGUCCGGCACUACAAAUUAUUACAGCCUACCAUGGGAUGUAGUGUGGAUUGGUGCGUGGCGUGUUAUUUGCUGGCUUGGGCCCAGAUGGGUGAACAUGGUUUCACCGGCUUUGACGUCUUUAAUAACCUCAAAAGUGCCAUGUCGGGAGUUCAGUGGCUUCUGUCUUUUCAGCCCAAAAGGAAGAGUGUUCAUGACGAAGAAAUACUGAAGCGCCUUUAUUGGCAGCUUACAGUAUUGGACAUAGGAUUAGAUACAAAAGGGUGGCCGGGCUGCACUUUUUACCCUCUAAGUGGUGAUCAAUCACGACUACGACCCCGAUGCUUAUCUGAUGAGGAAUUGCCUCCCGCAGAAGACCUGAUCCCAGGCAUAUGCACAAGCCAUGAUGAUACUAUAGAUUACGUGACUGGUUUCAACGCGCACGCAGACCUCAUCCUAACGUGGUGGCACGCAAAAGCAGAUAGCGAGCAUAAGAGCCCACGCGAAGUCAUUGAUCGCGGCCUUGAGCGUCUACAAGGCAUAUUGGAUGGCCUCCCUCCCGAGCUGAGGUGGAGGGGUGGCUUAUCGCGAGACCCGAGAGCAACACGCGGACAUGAGAUGCAAAUGCUCAACAUCAUGAUUAGUUUUCUGUACAUCAAGUCCAACCUCCUGGAGAUUUACGGACCAGUAGCAGAGCUGCCACUUACGCAUUAUACAAUCAUUAGGCAAGUACAACCUUCUAUCCAAAGCAUGCCCAGAGUUCACACUAACUAG